AUGGCGAAGGCUCCUGCAGCAGCAGCAGCAGCAGCAGCAGCAGUAGAAACAGCUGCAGCAGCAGCUGACGCUUUAGAUGGGCAGAAGGGGAUGGAGCUGAAUGAACAGCAGCAGCAGCAGCAGCAGCUGAAGCAGCAGCAGCAGCAGGAGACAGACGAGGUGGGAGAAGAGAGCGAAGAGGAGACAGAAAACGAAGGAGACAGCGACGAGGGAAGCAGCAACAGCAGCAACAGCGACGAAGAAGAAGCAGAGAGCGACAGCAACAGCAACAACGACAGCAGCAGCAGCAGCGGCGGGGAGGAGACAGAAGAAGAAGAGACAGCAGAAGAAGAUGCUGCUGCUCCACCUGUUACAGCUGCUACUGCAGCAGGAAGCGCAGAAGGAGUAAGAGAAGGUGCUGCUGCUGCAGCAGCACCUUCUGCUGCUGCUGACGAGAGGCCGCAGCAAGAAGGUGCGGAGGAGACAGAAGAAGAAGAGACAGAAGAAGAGACAAGCAAGCAAGAGGAGAAGGAGCAGCCGCAGCAAAACGAGCCAGCAGCAGCAGCAGCAGGUGCUGCUGCUGUUGCUGUACCACCUGCUGCUGCUGCUGCUGCCGCACCUGCUGCUGCUGGUGGAGCGGAGUUGCAGCAAGAGAGUACAGAGGAGACAGAAGAAGAGACAGAAGAAGAGACAGAAGAGGAGACAGAAGAGGGGACAGAAGAAGCAGCAGCAGAAGAAGCAGAAGCAGCAGCAGCAGCAGGAGAGACAGAAGAAGAAGAAGAAGAAGAAGAAGAAGCAGCAGCAGAAGGGACAGAAGAAGAAGAAGAAGAAGAAGAAGAAGAAGAAGAAGAAGAAGAAGAAGAAGAAGGAGAAGAAGGAGAAGAAGAAGAAGAAGGAGAAGAAGAAGAAGAAGAAGAAGAAGAAGAAGAAGAGACAGAAGAAGAGGCAGAAGAAGAGACAGAGACAGAAGAAGAGGAGGAGGAGGCGCUGCAGCAACACGAAGGAGCAGCAGCACCUGCUGCUGCUGCUGCUGCUGCAAGUGAUGCAGCGUCGUUGAGCACAGCAACAUUUGAAGCAGCAGCAAAGGCUGCAGAGUCCCCUUCAGCAGCAGCUGCUGCAGCACCAAGCCCAGCAGCAGGAGCAGCAGCAGCAGCAGCAGAGGGAAGUGCUGCUGCUCGCCGUCUGCCUGUGGGGCAAUGCCGCGUGUUGACUGUAUCUCCAGCAGCAGCAGCAGCAGCAGCAGGAGCAUCAGCAACAGCAGGAAGCAAGAAGCAGCCGCUUUGUUUUGCUGCUCUUGAUAUGCAAGCUGAUUGCUGCUGCAGCAAAGAGAUCGGAGGAAAGGAGAUUGAGUCUGCUGUGCAGCGCGAAGUUUUUGCUGUUUGCUGCGGCUCUGCUGCUGCUGUACAGCUAACUGCAGCAGAUGCAGCAGCACUUGUUGCUGUUCCACCUCCUGCAACAGCAGCAGCAGCAGCAGAGAAGAGCAGCAGCAGUCUUCUCAAGCAGAUUGAAGCUGUCUCCGGAUGCAUUGCUAAAAUACAUCAAACACAGAAGGGCUGCAGGCUGCAGCUAAUCGGCAGGGGGGAGCCGCAGCAGCAGGGUUUGCUGCUGCUACGUCUCGCGCUGCAGCAACGGCUGGGACCACUGGGCCGCCCAAGGCGCGAUCUGACGGUGCUGCUGCUUCCUGCUGCUGCUGCUGCUGCAGUUACAGGAGCAGCAGCGUUAAGACGCAUCUUUGCUCAGUGGAAGGCUAUGAUCUUCGUGCUGGCAGCAGAUGCGCCUCUUGUGCUGCAGCAGCAUCAGCAGCAGCAGCAGGCGGAUACGCAGGUGUACAGGCAGCUGCUUAUCUUCGGCCAGCCGAUGCAGCGGCUGGGUGCAGCACUGGAGUUAAUUAGUGCUGCCGACAUACACACAGCUGGCUUCUACAGCAACGCAAUAAAAGACUGUCUCCUUGCUUCUGGAGUGUCUCCUCAGCUGCUGGAGGCAGGCAGCAGCAGCAGCAGCAGCAGCAGUACUAGUAGUAGCAGCAGCAGCAGCUGCAGAUGCCUGCUGAAGUGCUCCCUCGAAGAUCUCCAGAUGCGCUCCUUCAAGUGCAGAAACAGCAGCAGCAACAACAACAGCAGCAGCAGGAACAACAACAGCAGCAGUAGCAGCAGCAGCAGCAACAGCAGCAGCAGUGGCAGCAGCGGCAGCAACAGCAGCAGCAGUAGCAGCAGCAGCAGCACCGAAAAGACGUUAGCAGCAACUCCAGCAGCUGGGGAUUCUGCUCAGCCCAAAGAAGCCCAACAGCAGCAGCAGCAAGAACAACAACAGCAGCAGCAGCAACAACAACAACAGCAGCAACAACAACAACAACAGCAGCAGCAGCAGCAGCAGCGGCGGCAGGUGGUUGGGCUGUACUCAGGGGCAGAGCGCAUGCUGAUUGAAUUUGUUAUUCUACCUGCUGUAAAAGGGACAGUGCAAAGAGAUAAAGAAGCAGAUAUAAAAAGGCGGAUCAGCAGAGCAGCAGCAGCUCCAGCCGUCUGCUUCAAUAGUUUUGCUGCUGUUGCAGGCACUGCAGCAGACAGAGCAAGAUUAAAAGAUUAUCUGCUGCUGCUGCGCACUAGAGACAUCAAAAUCAAGCAGCAAUUAAUAAGGAGACGAGAGGACGUGCUGCAGGUGCCUGUCCCUCUGGCAGCAGUGUGCGGCCGCUUUGCUGUUGUUAGUGCAGCACUCCGUGCAGUAGAAAAGGAGACAGAGACUAUUUGCUUCGCUAAUGCAAACUUGCGGCGUCCCCGUCUGUCUGCUGCAUGCUGUCUCUUCUCAAUAUUAUCACCGAGUGCAGCAGCAAGACAAAAAGCUUCGUCUAUGCUUUUAGCAAAGUUUACAGCAGAGGGUCUCCUUCCUCCUCUUACUAUCCCUCUUGUUCAUCCUGCAGCAGCAGCAGCAGCAGCAGCUGCUGCUGCUGCUGCUGCUGCUGCUGCUGCAGCUUCUCCUGCACCACCCCCUCCUCCUCUACAAGCACUCCCAUCUCCUCUUCACUUAAACCCUAAACCAAACAAAAGACAAAAAGCUAAUCAUUCUGAUUCCUUAAGGGGGCCCCCAGGGGGCCCCCCAGUGGUCCCUAUAGGGCCCCAUAACGGGGCCCCCCCCCAGAGGCCCCUUAUAAGAGCACCCCCAGGGCCCCUAUCAGGGGGGCCCCAAGGGGGCCCCCCAAGGCCCCACUCAGGGGCCUCCCGUCGUCAACUCUCAGGGGGAGGCCCCCAACGGCCUCUUGUAGGGGGCCCCCAGGGGGCCCCUUCAGGUGAUUCCCAGGGGCCCCUUGGAGGGGCCCCCCAAAGGAAAUUCUCAGGGGGCCCCCAAGGUCCCCUUCAAAGGCAUCCCCAAGGGCCCCCACUCCCAGGGGGGCCCCAAAGGCCCCCUGUAGGGGGCCCCCAAGGGCCCCUAGUAGGGGGCCCCCAGGGGCCCCUACCUGAAGCCCCACAGGGGCCCCAAGUAAGAGGCCCCCGGAGGCCCCAUGUAGGGGGCCCCCAGGGGCCCCAUGUAGGGGGCCCCCAAGGGCCCCCUAUAGGGGGCCCCCAGAGGCCCCCCCCUAGGGGCCCCCAAGGUCCCCAUGUAGGGGGCCCCCAAGGUCCUCUACCAGGGGGGCCCCUGAUGGGGACUGCCCCUGGGGGCCCCCCAGGGGCCCCUGUGAUGGGCGGUACCCCUGUAUCGUUGGGGGAGGGGCCCCCCUUUAAGAAGCUGCAUGCGAAGACACAGCAGAGGAUUGGCUUAGGGGGCCCCCCUUCUGUUGCUGCUAAAGGUUUAAGCAACGUAGAGACUGUAGAGGGGUUUGGUGGAAGCCGUCGCCCUUUCUUCGGGGCAGCGCAGCAGCCUCAGCAACAGGAGUUUGCUGCUGCUGCGGCUGCUGCUGCUGCUGCUGCUGCUGCAUCUGGCCAGCUAUACGCAUCGGACCGAGGGCUGAAUCAGCAAGAGAACGCCGCUGCCGCAGCAGCAGCUGCAGCAGCAGCCACAGCAACAGCAGCAGCAGCAGCUGCUGCUGCUGCGCACACCUUCAUGCCGCCCAACCGCCAGCAGCAGCAGCAGCCCCUAUAUACCCCUUUGCUCCAGCAGCAGCAAAACGAUAUAGUCAACGCCCCACAGCAGACAGCACGAAGCAGAAAGAGAGCAGCAGAUCCAAGCUGGCCGCAGCAGCCGCAGCAGCAGCAGCAACAACGGCCCGCAAUGGAGCAGCAGCACCAGUUGCCUAUAGGCCAGCAGCAGCAACAAAGGCGGCAGCAGCAGCACACCCCCCCAAAACACAAGCAGCAGCUAGCCGGACGGCAGCAGCAGCAGCAGCAACAGCCUCAGCAGACCUGGCCAGAGCUGCAGCAACCGUGGGUAGACCAGCGUCAGCAGCAGCAGCAGCAGCAGCAGCAGCAGCAACAUCAACAGCAGUGGCCUCAACAGCGACGGCAGCAACAGGGGUGGCCUGAAAGUCAGCAGCAGGGAUGGAAUGAGCAGCAGCAGCAGCAGCAGCAGCAGCAAUGGCAUCAUCCGCAGCAACAGCAGCGGUGGCCUGAACAGCAGCAGCAGCAGCAGCAACCCGAGCAACAGCAGUGGCCUGUGGAGCGGCAGCAGCAGCCGUGGCCUGAGCAGCAGCAGCAGCAGCAGCAGCAACAGCGCCAAUGGCCUCAACGACGGCGGCAGCAGCAGCAGUGGCCUGAGCAGCAGCAGCAGCAGCAAUGGCCUGAGCAGCAGCAGCAGCAAUGGCCUGAGCAGCAGCAGCAGCAAUGGCCUCAGCGACGGCAGCAGCAGCAGCAAUUGCCCGAACAGCAGCAACAGCAGCAGUGGCCUGAGCAGCAGCAACGGCGACAGUGGCCUGAGCAGCAGCAGCAGCAGCAGCAGCAACAGCAAUGGGCUAUAAGAAGACAGCAGCAGCAGCAGCAGUGGGGUGAGCAGCAGCAUGAGCAGCAGCAGCGGCGUGUGCCUCAGCAGCAGCAGCAGCAAAUGCACCAGCAGCAGCAGCAGCGAGGGAGGUGGCAGCAGCAGCAAGGAGUGAAUACACCUCAACCCGUCGACUUCUUUGCAGGGAGCAGUGCCCAGCAGCAGCAGCAGCAACAGCAGCUGCAGCACGCCCACGUAGCAGCAGAGAGGCGUGUGGAGCAGCCACAGCAGCAGCGGCAACGCCCGCGCGGCUACAGGCAGCAGCAGCAAAUGCAGCAGCAACAGCAGCAAAUGCAGCAGCAGCAUAUGGCAUCUCAGUCACAGACUAUGGGGUGGGGCGACCCGCGGCAGCAGCAGCAGCAGCAGCAGCAGCAGUACGACAUGCAGCAACAGCAGCAGACGCAACAGUAUGGCAUGCAAUCGCAGCAGCAGCAGCAGCAGCAGCAGGUGCAGCAGCAGCAGCUCGCGCAGCAGCUGAUGCAGCUGCUGCAGCAGGUGCAGCAGCAACAGGCCUGCAACACCAGUCAAAAUAUGGUGCAGCAGCAGCCGCAGCAGCAAUCUUAUAACAUGCAACAGCAGCAGUCGUACACAAUGCAGCAGCAGCAGCCUUAUAACAUGCAGCAGCAAUCUUAUAACAUGCAGCAGCAGCAGCCGUACAACAUGCAGCAGCAGCGGCAGCCCUAUGGCAUGCAGCAGGGCUUCAACAUGCAGCAGCAUCAGCUACACUACGCGAAGCAACAGCCAGCAGUAGCAAGCAAAGCAGCAGCAGCAGCGGCAGCAGCAGCACUUGCUGCUGCUGCCGUUGCAGCGUAUUGCCUCCUUAACAAACUUCGACCGGAUAAGUUGGCCUUGCAAGUGCUGCUGCUGCAGCAGCAAGUUCUGCUGCAGCAGCAGCAACAGUAG